GUAUUAAAUUCUAUUCGCGAUCCACCUCGUCGUGGUUUACUUUUACUCGUUUCGCAUCGCGGAGCAAAAAAGAGGGUUUCGAAAAACUGGCAGUACACUCUCGGCCAUACGUCGUAGUCGAUGGAAAACUAUUAAUAAUACAAUUUUAUUUGUUUUUCAAAGUGACAUUGUGGAUUUUUGUUUAUUCCGAAACAGAUAUAACGAUUAUGGAGAAUAACGGCAAGCAAUUAACGAAGAUUUCGGGUUAUCUCGAAAAGAAAGGCAAAAACGCAAAUAAUGAGAAGUUCUUAUAAAAAAUAUUGGUUCGUCCUCGAAGGUGGACUUUUACUUUAUUACCGAUCUAAAGAUGAUUACGAAAGUAUUUCACCCUGUAAAGGUUCCGUUAAUUUAGGACCGACCACCAUAAUAAAACCGUGCCCAUCUCUAGUCGGAGUAUUCCAAAUUCAAACAAGAACAGUUACGAUAACACUAAGAGCCUUCAAUUUAGAAGAGCAAAAUCGAUGGAUGGAAGCCCUAAUGGCAGAGAUACAACCUAACAAACCUACCCAAAAAAUGAGCCAUUUUAGAUAUUCGAUUGAAAACAUACCGAAAAAUCAAAUCAGUGAUACCACGCUCGAAUCUGAAUUCCCCCAAGACGAUAUCAUACACAGAUUACAGAAACUUGGGGCACAAAGUUACGGCAAACCAGUGGAUGUGAUCAGUUUAAUAAAAGACCACCGCAUAGAAAAAGAAGAAAUUGACAGAAGAAACAGCGAACAUAUAUACGAAAUGAUAUCGGCACGAAAUGACGAUAAAGAUUUCGAUUCCAUAAAAUCAGAUGUUAACCGGCCGAAAACUUACUUUAUAGAAAACGAUGUUUACACCACGGCUAAACAAGAAAAAACAGAAUCGAAAAAUGAAUCGAUUAUCAUCGCUAACGAUACGUACGUAUCGAUAGAAGGAAACGGUGAAAUAUCCAGAGAUGUAAACGAAAAUGACGUAUCGAAAGAUCGGAAAGAAGAAGAAAACGCCUACUCCGUACCUUUGUUCGACGACAAAGCGAAAAACGAUGUUCGAUACGAAAGUGUCGUGUAUGCCGAACCGUGCGAAUUGAAACAAACAAAAAAGAAGAAGAAAAAAGAAGUGAAGAUUAAAGAUAACGACAAACAUUCUACUAACGUUAAAAAAAGAUCUAGUUUUAUCAAUCGGAUGUGGAAGAAAAAAGAUAAACGCAAAGAUGACGAUGAUGAAGAAUGUAUAUACGAAACUGUACGUGAAUCUGUUGUCGAGAAAAUUUCCUUCACCGAUGAUAGUACAGUGAAAAUGCUGUCAGAAUUACAAAAUAUAUUAGAACAAAAACUGCCUAUACUUUUGGAAAAGAAAUGUAACGAUAUCGAUUUUACUACAAAUCAAAAUCCUGUGGAAAAUUUAAUCGAAUCUAUCGAAAAAACACAUGGAAAUAACGCUGACAGUUAUCAAAAAAACCCGCUAGUACCAAAAAUUAACGAAAAAAAUUUUUACCCUCCACAUCUCGACGUCCCGACUGAUAAACCUAUAGCUUUACCGCCGAAACGAAAACAAAUAAACAAUUUAAAAAAUUUAGACGACAUAUUGAACGAGUUGGAUAAUCAAAAAACGGAAACUAAGAAAAACAAAGUUAAAAAAUUGAUAAAGAAAUUUAGCGAACCAGAUUUUUUUGAAAACGACGUAAUUUUGAGGAAAAAUAAUCAAAAAUAUGAGAUUAAUAAAAAAGAAAAUGAUCAAGAUGAGUUAAGUCGAUUAUUAUCGGAAUUAGCUAAAGUGACAAACGCUCCGAUGCUGUUACCAGGUGUUACUUGUAGUCUUAACGGUAACCACAUUAAAGACGAAGAGUUAUCGAAAUUGGUACCGUUAAAACAAAGAAGAUUCUCAGAACCGGAUUACGAUAUACCUAGACCGCAUAAAUCAUUAACGAUAACUCAAAAAAGCGAUGACGAUUCAACGAACGUUAUAGAAUCGACGAGAUUCUUUGGACCCAUUCUGAAACCGUCCGGUGUUGUAAUUCCCGAAGAAACAAAAAACCCGGAAAUCGCGUCACAACUAGAUAGUAUUUUUCCAGAUUCCUUAGAAACGAAUGAAAUUAAUUCGGCUAUAAAACGAGAAAAUCAUAAAAGUUCAUUGAAAAGUGAAUUUAUGGUAGAUAACGAUCUUUAUGCCGAACCGAGGUCGAUACACUCUUUUCAUAAAAGGGAACAAGACGAUGAAGACGACGAAGUAUUCGUCGAUUCGUUGGAAAUUUACAAAAAUUCUAAUUAAUUAUUUCUAAUUAUCAAACCCACAAUUUAAAAUAACAAAAUUACGUUUAUUUUGUGAUAUUUUCAUCUCUUCACGUAAAAAUCAUUUUUUUCAAAUAUUGUUCCCCAAAUUUAGGGAAAAAGUCGUCAAUGUGGCAUCACUACCUUUCACAGUAGGAAUAUUUCUUCAUAUAAUUUUAAGUUUCUUAAUUUUUCUAGAUAGCAAAGCCUAGUUUUUUGUACAUCAUCGCGGUAUUUCAAUUAAAUAUUAGUUUUUCACGAAAUUGUUUCAAUUUUUGGUUUAUUCCCAUUGGAAAUUAGUUUUUUAUGAAUAUUUCGACGAAUUUUGGUCUUUAUCAAUAUUUUUACUCUCUUUAAAAAACUAAAUUUCAAUCGAAAGAGACGUGAAAUCAAAACUAUUUACAAAGAAAAA